UUGCGUUAUCAAGCCCUCAAAAACACUCUGUUCUAAUUUUCUCUGUUUUUGCUUUCUCUUUCCUUUACGCCUUCCAUAAAAACAACUAAUGGCUGAAGGAGUACUCUUCAACGUUAUUCAACCAAUCAUUGAAAACUUGGCUUCUGAACCUCUCGAAAAAAUCAGACUGCCAUUGUGGUAUAAUGGCGAGCUCCGCAAACUAAAGGGCACCAUCACCAUGAUCAAAGCUGUGAUUCUUGAUGCAGAGGAGAAGAAAGAAACCAACAACCAAUUCAAAGUGUGGCUUGAAAGUCUCGAAGAUGAUAUCUACGAUGCUGACAACUUGGUUGACGAGUUUCGUUACCAACAACUACGCCGCAAAGUGCUUUUCGGUAAGAAAAGGGCGAAGAAGGUACGCAUUUUCUUCUCGAGAUCAAAACAACUUGCUUUUAGAGUGAAAAUGGCUAACAAAAUUAAACAAAUUAGAGAGAAAUUAGAUGAAAUCAAAGGCAAUCAGGUAUUUUCUCAAUUAGAUAAGUGCGAACAUGGAGAGACACGUCUUGUCUCCUCUAUAACAAGUGGGAGGGAGACUCACUCAUUUGUAAUUAAUGAUCAUGUUAUUGGGAGAGAUAAUGAUAAAAAAGAGAUACUAGAUUUUUUAUUAGGCAACAAUCUUGAGGCUAAAGAAAGUGUGACCACUGUUUCCUUAGUUGGAAUUGGCGGAUUAGGGAAAACCACACUAGCUCAGUUAGUUUACAAUGAUGAAUUAGUCAAAAGGAAUUUUUGGUUAACAAUAUGGGUUUGUGUUUCUGAUGUUUUUGAUUUGAAGUUACUUAUUCAAAAAAUUAUUAGAUCCGUGGAUAAUGCUAGCCCAGAUCAAAACCUGGACUUGGACCAGCUCCAAAAUCAGCUUAGACAAAAAAUACAAGAUAAAAGAUACCUUCUAGUAUUAGAUGAUGUCUGGAAUGAGGAUAUUAAUAAAUGGCAUAGGCUAAAAGAAUGCAUAAUGCCAGGUGCAAAGGGCAGCAAAGUAUUAAUAACUACUAGGAGUAUAAAAGUUGCUCAGAUUGUUCAUUCGACUAAAACUCAUAUGUUAAGUGGUUUGGACAAAGACAAAUCUUGGGCAUUACUUGAGAGAGUGGCAUUUGAUGAGGAAAUCAAUGAGCCAACUACUCAGUACCAACGCCUUGUAGAAAUAGGAAAGGAUAUUGUGGGUAAGUGUGGAGGAGUUCCUAUUGCUAUAGAGACAAUAGGGAGAAUUUUGCAAAUAAAGAAGAAUUCCUCGCAAAACUUUGAAUCGGAGUGGAUCAAAUUUAGGGACAUGAAACUUGCAGAGGUAGAUUAUCAAUAUGGUAGUGGCAUCCUAUCUACGCUUAUGUUAAGUUACAAUAAUAUCCCUUCACACUUGAAGCAUUGUUUUGCUUAUUGUAGCUUAUUUCCAAAGGAUCAUAGGAUCAAUGUACAACAAUUAAUAAAACUUUGGAUAGCACAAGGGUUUAUUAAACAUGUUGGGAGUAAUAGUCAGCUAGAAGAUAUUGGUUAUGAGUAUUUUAUGAUCUUAUUCUCGAUGUGCUUUUUCCAAGAAGCUGAAAUUGACGAGUUGUCAAGAGCUAUAAAGUAUUGUAAAAUGCACGAUCUCAUGCAUGAUCUUGCAAGUCUAGUGGCUGGUAAGAGCAUACAAAUAUUUUAUGUCAAUACUAGUAAUAUUGAGUUAGCAGAAAAUGGUUUUGAAAAAGUUUGCCAUAUAUCUGUAGAUUUUGCAAAUAAUAAUAGCUCAUGCCAAAUUCCAAAACUCUUGUUUGAAGAAAAACAGAUGCGCACAUUUAUUUUACCUGAGUCAAAAAUAUUAAGUUCAUUAUACUGUGAUGAUAUUGUGUCAAACUUUAGGUUCCUACGGGCAUUGAGUCUCAGAAUAGAAAGAAACGUGGAGACUUUGCCAAAUGGGUUGGGUAAACUAAAGCAUUUGAGAUAUCUUAAUCUCUCAAAUAAUCCUCAUAUCAAGGAGCUUCCGAAUUCCAUAACAGAGUUGUAUAAUUUGCAAACAUUAAUCCUAUCUUCUUGUAGUAGUCUUUUAAGUUUGCCUCCAGGUAUACGAAAUCUAAUCAAUUUGAGGCAUCUUGAGAUUAGAGGCUGUGGGAAGUUGACUCAUAUGCCAUGUGGAAUUGGUGAAUUGAUGUUGCUUCAAACAUUAGAUAUGUUUGUAGUGGCAGGCAACGUAUCAAGUGAAAGUGCUGGAUUUGAUGAACUGAGCAAGCUCUACAACUUGCAUGGAGGUUUAACCAUUCACAUUAGGGGACUUGGUGAAUUAGAGGCUGCAAAAUAUUUAAAGGAGAAGAAGCAUCUUGAGUCCUUAGUCUUGAGUUGGGAACUGGAAGAAACGAUGGGGGAUGAUGCUAAAGUAGCAUUUGAAUGCUUAGAGCCACCUCAAAAUAUAAAAUCCAUACAAGUGUUAAACUAUCCGGGUGAGAAAUUUCCUAAUUAUCUUUCUUCGCUCACUAUUCUUGCUCGAUUGGAACUUAGUGGUUGUGAAAAAUGCAAAUAUUUGCCACCUCUGCACCAUUUGUCUUCUCUGCAGGAACUUAAACUGAAUUCUUUGUCAGCUCUGGAGUAUGUUUCAGAGAGGGAUAUGGAGUGGAUCAAAGAAUGCUUCCCAUCCUUAACAACACUUGUGAUUAGUGAAUGCGUUAAAAUGAAGGGAUGGUGGGGGAGAGAAGGAAAAGAUUUUGGUGAAGUGCUAACAGAGCAUCAACAACCUUCUUUUCCUAUUCUUUCAAAACUUAUAAUAGUCAAUUGUCCUCUUCUAACUUCCAUGCCCUUGUUUCCCAAUCUCCAAUACCUGAAACUGCAUAACACAAGCUCCAAGCCAUUCGAGAUAGAUACUACUGUUGCAGCAACAUCAUCAACAUUUUCCUUCUCCUCCUCACCUUCCCCUCUUUCCAAAUUGAAGCAUUUAGAUAUUCAGUUCAUUCACGAUUUGGAAAACCUGCUACCAAAGGCAACGCACGAACUCCCAUUGCUUCAGUCUCUGAGUAUCAAUAACUGUUCAAAGUUGGCAUCCCUUCCAGAAGGAAUAAGCAAUCUCAAAUCUCUUCAGAACCUAGCAAUUUUGAAUUGCGAGAAUUUGAGCUCACUUCCAGAAGGGAUAGGCGGCCUCCCGUCGCUUACACAUCUUACAAUUGUUGGAUGUAACAAUUUGAAAUCGAUUCCUAAAGGGAUAGGUAGUCUCCAGUCGAUUACAUAUAUUACAAUUGUAGGAUGCAGCAAUUUGACCAAGAUUCCUAAUGAGAUAGGAAGCCUUACAUCUCUAGAAUAUGUGAAUGGUCAAAAUUUCAUUGAAUUACCAAAGGACUCAUUGGCUGACUACCUCCUGCGGCAAAACUCUCCAGCUUGAUUCAAUGCCAUAUGAACUCUAAUGCUCCACUGCUUGUUUGGGAAAUCCAAGUUCAGCUAGCUAGUUGUGGUGGAGUUUUCUAUAACUACUCUUUGGUUACAACUCUCGAGGAGAGGUGAUCAGCUAGUUGGUCUUCUGUGUUUCAUGGUAGCUGUACAAAUCAGAGGUUUCAUAUUGAUAAUGAGGUUGCAGAUAUCUUCAAUCAACUUGUCAUCCCACUCAUGGUCAAAUUUUUUUGCUGAAUUUUUGUGCCUCUUCUUUCUUCAGACUUGUCAGCUAUGCCCAUUUUUAAUUUUAGAUGACUCGAGGUUGUUCAUGCUUGGCUGUUAGUUUGUUGCUUGUACAAGUUUCUGCUGUUGCUGCUCAUAUUCUUUGCUUCUACCAAUUGGUCUCUGAGAGCCUUGUCUGAGCAGGAAUAUCAAGAAUCAUUAGCAGUUUUAGUUCGGGGUCAUGCACUCUUUUUCCUUGAUGGAUUUUUUCCCAUUGGGUUUUUUCCUGUCAAGGUUUUAAUGAGGCAUCUUUUUUCUAAGGAUUAGAUUCCAUGAUUUCUUGUAUCAUAAGCAUCCUUCUGUUAGCUUAGGUGUUUUUGUUCUGUUUCUGUCCAUUUUGGAUUUGUACGCCUAAAUGGCACGUGUUUUA